AUGGAAAACAACCACGCCGUCGACCGUGAGGAGGAGCCGCAGGAGGUGCGUCGACAGAUGAGGGAUGCCGAGACCGCCAAUACUGAAGCCUUCGACGCUGGUGCCAUGCAAGCUACUGUUCCUGACUUCAAUGCACUGCCUUUGGAUCCGAAUCAGCUACUAUCGGUUUUGGGACCUAUUGCCGGACAACCGCAAGCGACACCAGUGCCGGCAACAGUUGUGCCCAAUGCAAGCCCGCCUCCAAACAACAACGCAAAUGUACCGACAGUUACCAUUUUUGUGACAGUGACUCCGCCGCCUGCGACCCAGACUGUCGUGAUCAUGGUCCCAACGACAGUAACAGUGACUGCGACUCCAGUAUCACCACCAAGCAAUCCUCCGCCGCCGCCGCCGCCUCUACCGCCAACUCCACCACAGACAACAUCACCACCCCCUCCUCCCCCACCCCCUCCUAUGAGUACGCCUCCGCCGCCGCCGCCGCCGGUAGUUGCACCGCCUCCUCCGCCUCCUGUGAGCGGCAUAACGACUCCCCUAUUGGGAUCAGGCGCAUUGCCGGUGCCGCCCCUGGUUUCGGCUACUUCUGCAAUGUCUUCGGCAUCAGCAUCAGCAUCGAGCACGCCGCAAGGUGCUGCAGGCACUCCUACCGCAGUCGUCUUACUAGGUGUUUUCGGUGGUGUUGCUGGCGUGUCGUUAUUGGCCAUGGGAGCCUUUAUCUAUGGUCUGAUGAGGAGGAGAAAAGUCAAGGCCGAGGCAGAGACUGCUAGUGUUCAGAGCAUGCAGAUCGGAAGGCCAAUGCCGACCUAG